AUGUUGAAAGAUAUGAAAAAUGACAAGAAGAAGAAGAAUGGCGACGGCGGCGGAGAACGGAAAACGAAGAGAGAUGCCAUAGACAAGCCAAAGGAAAAGCUAGAACAGAAGAAAUCCAAUGAGCCUCAAUUGGCAACGGCGACGCUGAAGGUGCAUUUGCAUUGCGAUUGCAUAGGAUGUACCAAGAUGAUUCAGAAAGUAGUGACCAAGACAAUUGGUAACAUUUUAAAACGAUAUCAUCAGAUGGCCAUCGACGGUGCAAAUGGUCUGGUGACAGUCAAAGGGUCAAUAAUGGACAUGAACGCUCUGGCCAAGUCACUGGAGCGCCGGCUGAAGAAAUAUGUUGAGAUUGUUCCACCUUCACCUCCGAAGGGAGAUGAGAAGAAAAAGAAAAGCGGAUGUGUUGUGAUCGUGCAGUAAUUAUGGUGAAUAGUAAAGAAUCAAACAAUUAAGAAAGCAGGAGAAAAUAACACACAGAGAUUUACGUGGUUCGGCAAUGUGCCUACAUCCACGAGAGCGAGCGGCCGUUCUUUUCCAUUAUUGAAGUAGGGUUACAUCUU